AGUGUAGACAUGUCUGCUGCCAGCUGUCUGCUGACUGAAGAUCAGUUUCUGUGCUCCAUCUGUCUGGAUGUGUUCACUGAUCCAGUCAGCACACCAUGUGGACACAACUUCUGUAAAACCUGCAUCAUUCAACACUGGGACGUUAAUAUCCAGUGUCAGUGUCCAAACUGUAAAAAGGUUUUUAACACCAGACCUGAGCUGCAGGUCAAUACUUUCAUCUCUGAGAUGGCUGCUCAGUUCAGACAGUCAGCUCAACAGAAAGCCAGAAACAGAAGCUCAGAGCAACAAGCUGAUAAACCAGCAGAAGUUCCCUGUGACGUCUGCACUGGAACCAAACUGAAGGCCAUGAAGUCCUGCCUGGUGUGUCUGGACUCCUACUGUGAGACUCACCUGGAGCCUCAUCUGACAAGGUCAGGCCUGAAAAGACAUCAGCUGAUCGACCCUGUGGAGAACCUGGAAGGCAGGAUGUGUACGGAGCACGAUAAACUGAUGGAGCUGUUCUGUAAGACCGACCAGAUGUGUGUCUGCAUGCUCUGUACUGUUUCAGACCACAAGACACAUGAUGUUGUUCCUCUGAAAGAAGAAUAUGAAGGAAAGAAGACUGAGCUGGAGACGACAGAGACUGAAAUUCAGCAGAUGAUCCAGAAGAGACGACUAAAGAUUCAGGAGAUCAAACACUCCGUGGAGCUCAGUGAGGAAGAUGCAGACAGAGAGAUAGCAGAUGGUGUUCAGGUCUUCACCGCUCUGAAGGAGUCUGUUGAGAGAAGCCAGGCCGAGCUCAUCGACACGAUCAAAGAGAAGCAGAGAAAGACAGAGAAACAGGCUGAAGGCUUCAUCAAAGAGCUGGAACACGAAAUCUGUGAGCUGAAGAAGAGAAGCACUGAGGUGGAGCAGCUCUCACGCUCUGAAGACCACCUCCACCUUCUACAGAGCUUCACGUCCAUUAAAGCUGCUCCACCCACCAAGGACUGGACAGGAGUCAGAGUCAGUCCACCUUCAUAUGAGGGGACUGUGGUGAGAGCUGUGAACCAGCUGGAGGAGACGCUCAGGAAACAGAUGAAGAAGCUGUUUGAGGCCGAGCUGAAGAGAGUCCAGCAGUCUGCAGUGGAUGUGACACUUGAUCCUGAUACAGCAAAUCCCAAACUCAUCCUGUCUGAUGAUGGAAAACAAGUUAAACUUGGUGGUGUAAAGAAGAAUCUCCCAGACAAUCCAGAAAGAUUUGAUUCAUGUGCUAAUGUCUUAGCGAAGCAGAGUUUCUCUUUAGGAAGAUUUUACUACGAGGUUCAGGUUAAAGGGAAGACUGAGUGGCUUUUAGGGGUGGCCAGAGAGUCGAUCAACAGGAAGGGAAGCUUCAGACUGACUCCUCAGGAUGGUUACUGGACGAUAUGUUUGAGGAAUGAGAAUGAGUACAAAGCUUGUGCUGACACUUUGGUUGAUCUCUCUCUGAAGUCUCAGCCUGAGAAGGUGGGGGUGUUUGUGGAUUAUGAGGAGGGUCUGGUCUCCUUUUAUGACGUAGAUGCUGCAGCUCUUAUCUACUCCUUUACUGGCUGCUGCUUCACUGAGAAACUCUACCCAUUCUUUAUUCCAUGUCUUAAUGAUGGUGGUAAAAACUCUGCCCCUCUGAUCAUCUCUACUCUUAAUUUAAUUUAAUAAAUCUAUAUUAUUGGUGAUGUACACAUUAUUGAUUUUUCACAUUCUGAUCAAUGGGUUUCUUUCAAUUUUAUUGUAAAUGUUUUUCUAUAAGUUGUAACAUUGCUACUACUCCAACAUACAGAUUUUAACACAAUGAAUGAUAUUAUCUAAUGUUGUCUUAAUAAUUCUUAUAACUGCAUAACCUACCUUCAAGACUGUUUAAUCAACAAAAACUAAAUACUCAUGAAUAAGUACAUUUGUACGUUGCUUAAAUAUCUGGGUGCCAAAUCCAAAUGUUUAUUGUCUGAUUAUUGCAGAUAUAAGUUUAGCAUAUUACGGUUGUUUUACUUCAUGGUUUUAGUUUUUAGCAUUUCCAAUUGACAUACAACUUUAGGGAUCUCUGUCUGUUAUGUAUUUGGGGGUAAAUAUAAGUAAAUAAAUAUUCUUAAUUCAUAUUGGCACAAAAUUAAUCAAUCAAAAUCAGAUAAUACAACAUUCAGCUG